AUGUCAGAUAAAAGAUCACCUACUGCAGAUCUUCUUACCACAUUCUUGGUUUUAUGCACAGCCAGCUUGGGAUUAAGCAGUGAUAUGUGUCAAGAAGAUGGUUCCGAUGUUUUUAAUGUGCUCGAUUAUGAAGUAGUUGGAGACGGGAUAAGGGAUGACUCCACAGCUUUUUUGGCAGCGUGGACAGCUGCCUGUGGAGCUGUGUUGGACACUUCAACCUUAUACAUACCAGAGGGUUCAACAUUCUUGCUAAAUCCAGCAAAAUUUCAAGGUCCCUGCAUGUCUUCCAGCAUAGAUGUUCAGGUCUAUGGGAAUAUCGUGGCGCCAGAUAUUAUGGCAUGGACUAGUCAAAACUUGAACAAUUGGCUCAUUUUCUCGAAUGUGAAUGGACUAACUGUCAGCGGGAAUGGACAAAUUGAUGGGCAAGGCUCAAAUUGCUCAAGAGAUGUUUGUUUCUUUGACUGCCAGGCAUUGGCAUUCCGUAACUGUAACAACCUUCAACUUAGUGGAUUGACACAUGUCAAUGGCCCCAGAAGCCAUAUAUCUGUAGUUGGCAGUACUGGAUUAACCAUAUCUAAUCUUCAAAUAACUGCGCCCAAGGACAGCCCCAACACGGAUGGUAUUGAUAUCUCUCAGUCGAGCAACGUGCAAAUCCAUGACUGCAUCAUUGAAACUGGUGAUGACUGUAUUGCCAUGGGUGGGGGAUUGGCCAAUAUCAAUAUUACUAGCGUGGCAUGUGGACCAGGCCACGGAAUAAGCAUUGGAAGCUUAGGAAGGGGUGGAGCAAUGGAUACGGUGGAAGAAGUACAUGUGAGAAAUUGUAGCUUCACUGGAACUAUGUUUGGAGCAAGGAUCAAAAGUUGGCAGGUAGGGUCUGGUUAUGCCAGAUAUAUCUCUUUCAAAGACAUUACACUCAUCGCAGCAGCAAAUCCUAUCAUCAUUGACCAGUUCUAUUGUACCACUGAUAAAUAUUGCACAAACAAACUAAUGUUCAAGACCGAGGCUGUUCAAGUGAGUGAUGUUACUUACGAUGGAUUUUAUGGGACAUCAAUCACAGACAAUGCAGUCAAACUUAGCUGCAGUGAGACUGUAGGGUGCACUGACAUUGUGCUAAGUAACAUUGCCCUAACCUCACAGUAUCCAAAUCAUGUCCUUUCCUCUUCAUGCUUGAAUGCUCAAGGAACAUCUACUGCAAUCAAUCCAGUAAUGGAUUGUUUAUUACCUUAGGUUCAUCAUUUAUCCAUUUUUGGUUCUUCCAUGUUGCCAUUGUGUCACUAUGGACAUUUCUAAGACACUGUACUACUGUUAUUAAUGUUUCAGGGAAGUACUGCCAAUAUUAUCACUUCAGACUACUAGAGCAGUUGUAAGUAUUUUGUUCAUUCUUUUUACUCUUGUCAUUCCAUCAGAUAAAGCUACACUCAAUCUAAUAUAAUGACUUCAAUUGUACAAUAAAACAUAAAUUAUAAAAUGUCAUCUGCAAAAGGUUUACAAUGAUAUGGCAAUAAGAAAAUUUUCCAGUACCGCCAGUAAUUUACACAUUAACAUGUACUCCAACAAGAAGUCGACUUUUCCUGUACCUCUAUUUUGUAUUGUGAAAAUGUUCUUUUCAAGUUUAGUCAUGUUGUGUUCAAGAAUUAAGUUAAGUUUGUAUUAGAAAAUUACUGUGACGAGUUUAAAUUUCUUUGCUUUCUCACUUGGCGUUCGCGUUCCUGGCUAAGUUCAUGAGGGAGUGACUGAAGAUGAGAGGAAUGUAAUUAUUUUGCAAAGGUGAAGAAGGGAGGCCUUAUGCUGAGGUUUUCAAUGUCAGAGACCUCUUACAGUAUACUUCUGGAAAAUACUACAAAAAGGAAAUAUUAAUUGGCAGUUUGCGUAUUUUGAUGCUAAGAUUCCAGAGGUGAGGUUUGUAAUGACGGACUAGAGUAUAUGCAUUUAGUGAAAUAAUAAACUAUUCAUAUUUAUAAAAACCACUAGAUAUCUAAAACAAUUACCCAUCCUUCUUUAAUCAAUUAAAUAGACAC